GACAAUAAUCACUAAUAGCGUUUUUCAUUGGGAUGCACUGAGUGCGCAUUAAGAACUCGUGGAGUUUAGGCGACACUACCCGAGUUUACCGACAGUGCAAGUUUUUUUGCACGCCCAAUGAAACACUCAUGACUUAAUGAGUGCGCAUAAGAACCGAUUCGCCUUGGAUUGAAAGAAAAUAUAUGCAUUAACGUAAACUUCACUAUGGAACAAUCAGAAGAAUUAAGCAUUUCUUUCAAAGUCAAUAAUGACAUGCUCUCGUUAAAACUUCUAUCAAGCGAAACAGAGUUAUACAAUAAAAUAAUGAAUGACGAUACCUAUAGCAUACAAUAUAUAAAACUUGUGAUUAAAAAUGGAUUGUGUGUUCUACAUGGAAGCGAAAAUCAGAAAAUUGAAGAAAUAUCUCGAGUGAUUGAAGAUGAAGAACAAUUGAUAUUCCACGCGAAUAUUCAUGGUGAUAAUCGCAGCAAUGAAGAUCAGCUAUCGGAGUAGAAUAAAGAAAAUGAAGCACUCAUGUUUGAAUCCUUUGAAUCACAGGAAUAUGAUCAGAAUGAAUCACAAUCGCAGGAGUACGAUAAAAAAGGAAAGAAGAGUAGCGAUUACUGGAGCAAUUCAGGAACAUCGUUUCUUCUCGAUAAAUAUGAAACAUAUAUGUCGGAUAUUGGUCCCAUGAAAAAAUUCAAAACUAAAAAAUUGAUGUGGGCGCAAAUUUCAAAAGAUAUGCUGACGAUGUUGGACGUAUUAAAAACUCCUCUUCAAGUUGAAAAUCGGUAUAAAACCGUUCUCAAAAGGAAAAAAAAAGCAGUUGAGAACAACUCUAAAUCAGGCAGCUCUAGAGAGGAUGUACCAUUCGAAGAAGAAUUGCGUAAAAUUGCUCAUUCGGACGAUAGUAUUGAGCCCGAGGUGUUGCGAAAUGCAAGGAGCGUUAAAUAUCCUAAAUUGAAUACAAAAAUGUCGGAAGAAAUCUGCAAUGAUAGUGCCUCUACACAUUCUACUGAUAGCUCACCACCGAAGACAAAAAAAUCGAAACCAAGUGAUAUUGAUAAAAGGAUGGAAUACUGGAAAAAUAAAGAAGCGGCAAAAGAAAGACGUCACCAAGAAAAGUUGAAUUUAAUACGGGAGUUGUUCGCCAAACAAAAGUAGUGGGAACUAAAGUAAGAUGAUACAGAAACAAGCAAAUAUUAAAAUAAACCAAAGAAAGACUAAUGUAAAAUCAGCCUGAACCAUAUGUUAAUAUGAAAGUUCCUAACUAAAACGCUGGAUGUGAUAUAUAAUUUUAAUUAUUUUUUUUUCUCUUAUAAUUUUGUACGUUUACUAAUUGUAUGUCUUUGUUUUUAAUAUUACUGGUUUUUAAUAAUAGCGUAUGCAUAUUUUGAUUUUCGCACUUUACGAAAGAUAUAGUACUGCUCAGACUAUUAAGUAUGAACCAGUAUAAAGUAAACUUAUUGUGUUAUUUAAUUUUAAAACAGUGUUAUU